AUGCUGGUAACCUAUUUGGAAGCCAGCCGGGACCUUUGCGAGACGGACUCAGUUCUUUUUGGCGCCGCAGUGGCAGCUUGCCGUAUUAUUGGCGCCAAACUUCCCAUGGCUGGACGUGCUACUAAACAAAGUAGCGCCAUCCCAGCCUGGAGAAAAAGAAUUGAGGACCGUAUCGCAAAGGCAAGGGCCCUUAUCGGCAGACUGAUAAGCUUCAGGUCGGGUAAUAAUAGACCGAGGGUUGUGCGCACCGUUAGAAUGGCGUUUGCUGGGACAAAUAUCAGUUUGUCCCAGCCGGAUAUCACGCAGAAACUAACGGAGCGCAUAGACGACCUGAAGCAAAAGAUUGCCGCUUGGGGGAAGCGGAUUCGCCGAUUUACCGAGAGGUCAAGGCGGUUCAACCAGAAUCGUCUCUUCCAGAGUGAUCAGAAGAGGCUCUACAAAUCAUUGGAGCGACCAGAGGUAUGUGGAGCGGGCCCAGGACCGGAUCAGGCUAACACUGUCGCAUUUUGGCGUGGCCUGUGGUCAGAGCCCGUAAACCACAGCGAGGGCCCUUGGACGGAAGUUGUGGCGAGUCAGUGUGCGAGUAUUACGCCCAUGGACCCCGUCAUCAUAACGCCGGAUGACGUAGCUGAGGCGGUCCGUAGAGCCCCGAACUGGAAAAGUCCGGGACUCGACGGACUGCAUCACUACUGGCUGAAGGGGUUCAUGGUGUGUCACGCUGUGCUCGCCCGUCAGUUUCAAGAGGCUCUCAACCAGAAGUCGCUCCCUAGCCUCUUCACUACUGGGAUCACUCAUUUGGUUCCUAAAGACCAGAGUAUAGUUGUUCAGACUGCAGUUGAGUACAUGCCUUUCCCUUAA